GCGAGUGCUUCCAGCCUCUUCAUCUUGCAACCAAAUCCGCGGCCGUAACCUCCAAACUUCAGACUCGUAUGUAACGCGUCAGUCGUUUCGAAGAUUUUCAGUCACCAGAUGAGGUUUUAUUGACCUCGGUCCCCUUAAUAUUUUCCAAGUGGAUUCUGAGGGAACAGAAAAAAACUGCAAACGUUUGAGACAGAAGAAAAGAGCCCCUGCUAGUUUGGCCCUAUCAGCUGGUGAUGUUAGUACUAUUGGCACUGGUGUUGCUAUGAGCUGGCCUGGCAUGCACAGCUAGGCCUUGGUGUUCACCUGCUGAACAUACAUAAUUUUACAGAACACCAAUAUCAGACAAGGCUACUCUGUGAUUGUGAUGGAUUAAGAAAAAAAAGGACCACUCCUCAAUCACGUUUGAACAAAGAAAAAACAUGUACAUUGUCCAAAGCCACAAAAAUGAUCAAACAUCUCCCUAUCCUGGAAAAAUAUGAGAGCUCUGAGACCCCUUGUCCAAAGUCCAGUUAUGCUGCUGAAGAGGCUACAUGAAGAGACCAACUGGAGAGGCUACGUGGAGAGGGAGAGGGAGAGGCAGAGGCAGAGGCCCCAUGAUUACACAGAGAGAGACAGGCCCAGCUCUCCCAGUAUCCCAGAUAAUUAGAGUCAGUUUCUGCUGUCUGCAAUCAAGAAAUCCUAUUGACUCCUUCAAUCAAGAUGGCUUCAGCCCUUUUCUUUUUCUUGCCGUACUCCACUGGCUAUGGACGUUCAGGAGCAAGAACGGCACUCUUGCCCACAGCACACAGUUAAUCACUACUAAGCCCUUCCGCCUCAAGCCAAUAGCAUCGGGAUUGUUAGCUCCCUGCAUCGGGAGGGUCAGGAGUAAAACGCCCACACCCUCCUUUCAAAGCCUGCACGCUAUUUAAAGCAGGGAGUACGCCUCUCGUAAGCUCCUCUUCCAAUCCGAAGGAACCGGCCACCCCCACUGGUUGCCACGCAACGGCGUGGUCCUGACCUGAAGUAGCUGCUGGCGGGCUAGAAGCACGUGCCGCCUCUUCCGCAUUCCGGGACUACAUCCCCCACAAUGCCGCGCGCCGCGGGCUGUUGGUCGUCGAAGUGGGGGAAGGGCCGGGCUGGGCCAGGAGGCGGAGCGGAAGCGCAGUGCGAGGGACGAGAAGAGUAGAAUCUGCACGAGCUGGGAACCAACCUGGUCCCUGAUUCCCAGCUCCGGCCUUACUCCAUCCCGACCUGGAGGCUGCUUCGCGAGCGCGGGACGCAGCCGACGCCCGCUCAUCCGCUUUCGCUGCGCCGCCCUGGCUCGGGAGCCGGUUGGCGGCGGCGACGGUGACGAAGAGCCCACGGACAAGCUCAGCUCUGUUGUACUUUGAGAGAGAGAAAGUCAAAUGCCCGUUUUUCACUCCGUCUUCACAACUCGGCUCCCGGGGGACUGAUUCUGAGUAGAAACUUUCAAGCCUACAGCCUCUCUGAUAGCUGACUAUUACUAACUGAAUGAGAGGACAGAAGGAAGCAUGCUCGAGUUGAGAGAGUUGGAGGCAACCUUGCUCAAGAUGAAGAAUAUACAGUUUUAGAUGAGGAGAUUUUUUUUCUUUUUCCUUUAAAAGUCUUGAUUGGUGACUUACCUCUAGUUACCACUUUUCACUUGAGUCUGUUUGCUUCAUCAGAAAUGAUUUUUACAAUCUCAAGAAAAAACAUGUCCCAGAAGUUGAGUUUACUGUUGCUUGUAUUUGGACUCAUUUGGGGAUUGAUGUUACUGCACUACACUUUUCAACAACCAAGACAUCAAAGCAGUGUCAAGUUACGCGAACAAAUACUAGAUUUAAGCAAAAGAUAUGUUAAAGCUCUAGCAGAGGAAAAUAAGAACACAGUGGAUGUCGAGAAUGGUGCUUCUAUGGCGGGAUAUGCGGAUCUGAAAAGAACAAUUGCUGUCCUUUUGGAUGACAUUUUACAACGCUUGGUAAAGCUGGAGAACAAAAUUGACUAUAUUGUUGUGAAUGGCUCAGCAACCAACAGUCCCAGUGGUACCACUGGGAAUCUGGUGCCAGUCACCACAAAUAAAAGGAUAAAUGCAUCAGGCAGCAUUAGAUAGCAGUUGAAGAUCACCUUGUGCUGCUGCAUCCACCGUGGAUUAUAUCCAAUGGCAGAAAAGCUUUUACAUCGCUGGCUAGGAUAGAGUAUACUUUACAAUAAAAGCUCUACGCAUUUUCAAGGAAUAUGCUGGAUUCAUGGAACUCUAAUUCUGUUUAUAAAUUUUAAAAGUUAUUAGUUUGCUUUCAGGCAAGUCUCUUCAAUGCUGUACUAUAUCCUCAAAGGGAAUUUGGUAACAUGGUUGAUGUAGUAAGUAGAUAGGUGAUCUUUGUAUAAUUUUUUUUUUGUUUGAGAUCAAGCUGAGAAAAACACUGAAAGACAUGGAUUCAUUUCUAUAAAAUAUUUAUUUAAAUAUAUGACAUGUUUUUCAGACAAAUGGAGAAUAUUGUUAUUGAAUCAUUCUGUCAUGUGUUCUCAAUAGAUACGUGUUAGCCUGAUACUGUUAGGAAAUGUGCUUCCUCCAGUACUAGAUUUAGAUUAUGAGCAGAGAAAGGAAGUAUAAGAUUGAAAAUAAUGUUUUGAAAUCUUGACCCAGAGAAUGUCUUCAUUUGCACUAUUCUUCAGAAUAACUGGAGGUUAAUUACUGUAUAUUUUUAAAAAUUACAUUUGUAAGAGUAUAAUCUUGAAAUGGGUAGUAGCCACUGUCUGUAACCUAUUCUAAACAUCGGGACAAUUAAACGACAUUAAAAUAGUAAUCUGUAAUCUAAUAUGUAGCAUUUUCUUACGUAUAUCCUGAAGAAUAAAAGAUGUUUAUGAUGAGGUUAAAAACUAAGUUAAUUCAUGAUUUUUCACAUACAUGAAUGUUAAUUUAAAAAUUUAACCCUUUGAGUGUCUAUGCUAUCAGGAAAGCACAUUAUUUCCAUAUUUGGGUAAUUCUUGCUUUUAUUGUGUUGGUGGGGAGGGAGAGACUGAGAUAUUUAUGAGACUGGGACUCUUAAGGACUUUAGCCAGAUGUAUAUAAUAAAGGUAUUUGUGCUACAUUAAAUUGCUUGGAAAAUGGUAACAUUGUAUUAUAUAAGAGUAUCCUGCUUUAUGAAAUUUUGGAUUUGUAUAACAGAUACAUUAGAUGUUCAUUUUAUAUAAUAACCACUUAAAAAUAAAGAACAUUUAAAAUAUAAUUUAAAUUAUAAAGAUUGACUAUCUUUUCAGGAAAACAGCUAUUGUAAAUAGCACAAGAGAUCCUAAUCAAGGGUAAUUUUAGUAUAGAGCAAAGUACACCUCUAUUUAAAUUUCCCUUGUAGCAAAUUUAAUUGCCAUAUGGUGCCCUAUAUUUCAUAGUAUUUAUUCUCUAUAAUGACUGCUUAAGUGCAGCUAGCUUUAGACAGUAUUGAAUUUAGUUUGGUGUUUUUCCCCCUCCUCCCCAAAGCCCCCCAAUACAUAGUUAUAUAUUCAAAUUGUAGGUCCUUCUGGUUGUGCUAUGUGGGACACCACCUCAGCAUGGCCUGAUGAGCGGUGCCACGUCCACACCCAGGAUCCGAAACAGCGAAGCCCUGGGCUGCCGAAGCAGAACGCAUGAACUUAACCACUUGGCCAUGGGGCCAGCCCCAUAUUGAAUUUAGUUUUGAAUAUUGUAUUGUUCAUUAUUACAUAUGCUACCAUACAUAGUACCAAUGAUUAUAUGUUUGAUUAAAAUAAGUAUUUUUUUUCAAAAAAUAUUGUUUUAUGAAAUGUAGCUUUCCAAACUCUUUUCCCUGUACUCUACCUUCAUGUGAAGAAAUUAAUUAUAUACCAUUGCCAGGUGAAGUUUGGAAUAAUUGUUCAGUCUCUCUCGUGUUAGAUGUGGACAUUUUUUGUUUUUGUUUUCAGAGUUGAAAUAAAAUAUAUUAUUUGUACUUACAAA